GACCGGUAUAUAAAAAGGAAUACUUCUACUGUCACAACUCAUUAAACCAAAGAAUCUCACAAGAGAAAGAACCAAUUCACUCAUUCUAGAAAGGGAACUGAACUAAACGACAGAAUGAUGGCAUGCGAUGGAUAUGACAUAACUCUGACUUAUGAUGAUGUAUCUGAGACAGACAGUGCAUUUUACUCUGACAGUGCCGAUUCUGACGAGAUGGACUGCUCAGAUCAACCAUCCAUGAGCUGCAAAUGCAACAUGGAUGGAAGCAUCAGAUUGGAAAUGUCGAGGCAUCCCUCCAGCAUGAAGCAGGUGGUGAACAUCGUCAUUGCUGUGAAUAGGAUGAAGCACGUCAAAACAGUGUCUUCAGAGUUUGGUGCAGAACAGGUGCUCGACAUGAUCAUGGACCGUGUGAUUCAAGAGCAUCAUAUGGAGCGGGUGGUGACACCAUCUUACACCAAGACCAACCAGACGGUGAAGUGCAACGUUUGUGAUCAGUUCAAGAAGACUCUGGUGCAAAGCACGGGAUCUCCUCGUCUGCUGGCUGUCACGCUGAGAGACGGAAACAAUCGAUACAAAGUUGAUUUCAGUCUGUCGCUGUAUGCGUCAACGAGUGCCACCCCGAAUGCAUCCCAGCCUGUGUGCCUGGCAAUUUCCCAGACCAAUCUCUACCUCGCUUGUACCACGCUGGACGAUGCUUCCCCCCACCUGGUCUUGAAGGAGAUCAGUGAAACAUUAAACACCAUUAAAGUCGGUGACCAGAAUGACAACCUCCUGUUCUUCAGGAAAGAGACCGGUGUGGCUAAUAACACUUUUGAAUCCGUUAAGUAUCCCGGAUGGUUUAUUAGCACGGCUUAUGAGGAUUUCGAGCAGGUGGACAUGAGCCAGAUGUCAAAAGGCCGAUUCACAAACUUCACGCUGGAGAAGAAACAACUAAUCCGGAGUUAAGAAUCAAAUUUGAUUCCGUAAAUAUCUUCAGAACGUAUGUACCAAGUACAGUUUAUAAUUGGAUGUAUUUAUUAGACUCGAUGUGUCCUUUGCAAAACUUGGCCUUCUGGUUUUUGUUUUUUGUGAUGGAUUGGGAUUCUUCAAAUGUGAGGAUUCUUCAAAUAUUUAAAGGAUGAAUGUUUGUUUACAUCCAUAUUUUGUACUAAUAUUUAAUAUUUAUUGUAAAGUAUUUUAAUGAAAUAAACUUAUGAAAUGAACCGUUA